AUGAAUUGCCGAUCAUUAUCUGUAGUAUCUCGAUUUGUAAAACUUAGUUCGAAUAUUGGAGAUCGAUGUAUAAUAGGAUCCUACAAUAAUCAAUUUAUUUAUUUUGAUCAACAAUCGAAUCGGAGGUAUUUAGGAAAAAGUUCAUCGGAUAAUCGACGGCCAAGUCGUAUUCGUCGAUUUCUUCGUUGGUUUGGAUGGGGAGCUCAGCCAAUUGUAUCAUCAUUACCACCACCACCACCAACAACAACUACAAUGCAAAAAACCAAACGUUUCUUACUUAUUUCACCAUCAAUCGAAAGAUUUUUACUUCGAUCUUAUAUUAUUGAAGAUGAAGAUUUAGCAAGAUUAUUAUCUAAAACAGCUGCUGUUGUUAUUUAUGCUAUGUUUACUGUAACGACACUUGGUACACUUGGUGUUGAUACAAAACCAUUAUUAGCUGGUAUUGGUAUAACAGGUUUUACAAUUGGUUUUGCUUUAAAAGAAGUAGCUACUAAUUUUAUAUCGGGAAUUUUUCUUGUUAUUAAUAAACCAUUUGUUCGGGGAUGUCGAAUUAAAAUACAUGGAACUGGUGGUGGAAUUGAAGGUCUUGUUCAUUUUAUUGAUAUUCGAUAUGUUCAUUUGAAAACAAAAGAUCGUGGUAUGAUAAUGGUUCCAUCAGCAAUUGUUUAUACAAAUGCUUUUACAGUAUUUCCAGCAGAUGAUGAAGCAAAUAUUGGUUUUAUGGAUAUGACUAAACCACCAAUAAGUGAUCCUACGAAACAACCUCAAACAACAACAUCAUUACCUCCAUCAAAUAUAAGUAGUUCAAAAGAAAAAAAUUUAAAAAUGAUAUUUGAUACAGAACCAGUAGGAUCAUUUAAAAAAUCAUCAUUCAAUAAAAAACUAUAG